GAACUAGCAGUUUCUUGGAGGUAGGUCCACCGAGACACUAAGCAGGUUCGCCUUGGAGGUGGUUGAGCGUGUGUUUGAGGAUAGUGGCCCCGUGGGAGGGCCGAAGCUCUCUGUGGCAUACGGGGCUUGGAUAGAGAGGUCGAUGACUCUGAAACCCGCAUUCAAGCGCAUGGUGGAUGAAGAAUACAAGGCUGCAGCUAAACUCGUUGAUUUCAAGAAUAAGCCCGGUGAAGUGGUAAAUCAGGUGAAUGAAUGGGUAAAAAAGGAGACCAAUGGACUCAUCGAUAGUGUUGUCAGCCCUGGUGACUUCACAGAGUUAACCUUACUCGUGUUAGCGAAUGCCUUGUACUUCAAGGGAGCAUGGGUCAAGAAGUUCGAUGUCUCCAGAACAAGAUACAAUGACUUUUAUCCCCCAAGUGGACAGGCCCCUGUUCAGGUUCCCUUCAUGACCAGCAACGAGGACCAGUUUAUCAGCACGUACGAGGGGUUCAAAGUCCUUCGGCUUGACUAUGAGCAGGGUGGCGAUCUAAACCGCAGCUUCUCCAUGUGCUUCUUCCUACCAGAUGAGCGGGAUGGACUGUGUGGUCUCAUGGAAAGAGCCUGCUCUAAGCCCGAAUUCUUAAACUGUCACGUUCCAUACAAAAAGGUGCCAGUGGGUCAAUUCCGGAUCCCCAAAUUCAAGAUCUUGUCAAAGUUUGAUGAUUUGGAUGAGCGCCUAGAUCAUCUGGGUGUGCCACUGGGAUGCUUGUCAGAGGUGGUGGAAGAUGAACCCAUUUCUCUUUCAAAGAUAAUCCACAAGGCCUUUGUCGAGGUUAACGAAGAGGGCACAGAAGCUGCUGCUGUUACUGUUAUGCAUCGUUACGGUGCUUGUCCGAGAUCUUCUAGUCUGCCGAAAUAUGUGAACUUUGUGGCCGACCACCCAUUCAUGUUCGUCAUCCGAGAGAAGGUGACUGGAGUCGUUCUCUUUGUAGGUCAGGUGCUUAAUCCCCAGGACAGGUGAUGUCCCAUCAAGUUUAAAUAAGUGUAGACGGUUUUUGCUAGUUUUUGCAAGUUUACUGUUGAAUCUAGCUUAUGCCCUAUGGUAUAUCCCAUCAAGUUCAAAUAAGUCCAGACUCUUGCAAUAAAACUUAGCUAGCUUCAAUCAUUUCUUCGUCCUGUUUAUGAUAAUUUUCUUUG